UUAAUAAUUUCCUGAGUCAUUCCUGUUCCAGUUCAAAUGAGAAACGAGAGAAGAGGCGCUGACACUGUUCCUCCUCCUUGUUUUUAAGUUUAUUUAAGAAUGGCGGGGUCCGUAUCAAACGUGGAGGUGUGUAACUUCGCCUACACGGGACAGUUUGACAAGCUAAAACAGAGCAUCCUGUCGGAUAAGACGCUCGCCUGUAAAACGGACCAGGACCAGAGGACCGCGCUUCACUGGGCCUGUUCGGCCGGACACACCGACAUCGUGGAGUUUCUGCUCGACCUGGGAGUGGAAGUCAAUCUGCAGGAUGAUGCUUCAUGGACCCCUCUUCACAUUGCUGCAUCUGCAGGCAGAGAAGACAUAGUGAGAUCUCUGAUUUCUAAAGGAGCUCAGCUGAAUUCAGUUAAUCAAAAUGGAUGCACCCCGCUGCACUAUGCUGCCUCUAAAGACAGAUAUGAGAUCGCCUUGCUGUUAUUGGAAAGUGGAGCAGACCCCAAUGUCACUGACAAGUAUCAGUCUACUCCCCUCCACCGAGCGUCCUCCAAGGGAAACUACAGCCUCAUCCAGCUGCUCCUCAAGCAGAGUGCCUCAACUAACAUCCAGGACUCACAGGGCAACACACCACUCCACCUGGCAUGCGAUGAGGAGCGCGUGGAAGCAGCCAAGUUACUGGUGGAGCACGGAGCCAGCAUCUACAUCGAGAACAAAGAGGAGAAGACCCCACUCCAGAUGGCAAAGGGUGGUCUGGGUAACAUACUUCGUCGGAUCGUGGAGGGAUGAUGUGUUUACUGAUCAACAAGUCAAAUAUUGCAGCUUGAAUCCCCACCAUUGCCAUGUUAAAUAUAAAGUAUUCUCAUCUCAGUCAGUCCCCCUUGAGCAGCCUGGCGUGACACAUUCAGAUGUGCAACAGGUGAGAGAUGAGCCGGCAUCAGGGAGGAAAGUUGGACUGAACUGAACAGCUCCUCAGACCGGGGGUUAGAAGUUGUGCAGACACUCUCCUGCACUAAGCGCUGUCUAACACUGAAGCCUGUUUUCUAUGAAGUUUGAAUCGUUGUAAAAAUGACAUAAUAAAAGAAACGGUGUUCAGCCUCUUAA